AGAACCAAAUUAUUCGGAAUAGAUUUCCGAACACCUUGGUUCUCGCUCCCCAAUUUUUAGAAUAUUAUAAGAUGUUUAUAGCGAGCACAUGUCUAUCAAAACAAAGCAGAACAACCCCCUUUAUGACGUCACUAUGCUGUUACGACGGACGCUUCGAAGUUGUAUUGUUACAUCAUCGCGAAGUCGUUUCGUCCUCGGCAUCGAGUCAACAUUCGACGACACAGGAGCCGCCAUUGUUGAUUGUGACGCAACAAUACACGGGGAAGCGAUCGCUACGCAAACUAAAGCACACGUCAAAGCAGGAGGGGUCGAUCCGAGAAUCGCUGAGUUGCUCCAUCGCGACAAUCUCCCUCGUGUGGUAGAAGCUGUAUUACAACAAGCGGGGAUCCGUUAUCAGGACUUAGAUGCGGUCGCCACGGCAACUCGACCUGGGAAUCCAUUUUGUUUGAAGCGAGGAUUGGAGUUUACGAAGAUGAUCGUUGAACGACACAGCCUCCGUUUCAUCCCAGUUCACCACAUGGAGGCGCACUUGCUCACUGCACGAAUGAACAACGAAGUUAACUUUCCGUUCCUCGGACUUCUCGCCACUGGAGGGCAUUGUAUAAUAACCAUAACACAUGACCUAGGUAAUCAUCAGAUUCUCGGGGAAGCCAUUGACGAACCACCGGGGGCAGUGUUUGAUAAAGUUGCUCGAGCGUUACAAGUCAAGCUUGAUCGCCCCGACACGCAUGAGCGACUUUGGAAUGGGGGUGACGUUGAGAGGCUCGCUUGUGAGGGGGAUCGGUCAAAGGUCAAACUCACGACUCCUCUCCGUCAAAGCCCUCGAGUGUUAGACUUCUCGUUCAGCGGGUUACAGACGCAGACGUUACGCGUGAUCGACCAACCAGAACCAGGGGUGAAAUAUGCCGACAUCGCCGCCUCGUUCCAACACACCAUGACUCAGCAUAUUUUAAGCCGAGUUCAUCGAGCGAUUUUGAUGAGUCGUGAUAAAUUGAAUCAGGAAUCCCCGACAUUGGUAGUAGCAGGGGGGGUGGUUUGCAACUCGUAUCUUCGAAAUGCAUUGUCUCGUCUUUGUGACAUCACAAACAUAACAAUAGUUUGUCCACCAUUACCAUUGUGUGUCGAUAAUGGGGUCAUGAUCGCUUGGACGGGAAUGGAAUAUUUGAAGCGGGGUAAGGGAAUUUCCCCUCACCCCUACAACGAAAGAUACGAACCAAAGUGUCGACUCGGGGAAAAAAUAACAACAACGACUCAUCGAAAAGUUAAACUUCCGAAAAUAAAUUAUUUCAAUUAAACCUCCCCCUGGUUGUCGGUUACGUUGUAUUCGACCCAAUCUCUACCUAUCGGAGCCGACAACAUUUCGUCGGUUAUUUUGAAGGCAUCGCAAAUCUGUAGUGAGUACGGGGACAGUUGUUCACAUAGGGACGCACAUACGUUGUUUAUCUGUGUGAAUAUAUUAAUUAUAUUGUGUUUGUAAUGUUUUAUAAACUAUGAUAAUCUGUGUAAAAAUAAAUGGUUUUUCCAACUUGUGCAUAAUAUUUCUGAAAAAUAAAUAUUUUAAAUGAAAUAAG